UGAUGUCUUCCGCUGAACCAGAAAACAAAAAAAGGCGGAGAAUGCAAAGCGAGAACGAGAAAGAAAACAACAAGGACAACAGCCCAACGAAUUCGUUCGCUGACCACUCCGCCCCUCGCGGUGGUCGCGCCUUCGCUAUAGAAGUUGAUAAGGCUGUCAAUGAGCGUAUGGCGGAGAAAGAUAAGGAGUUUGACCGUGUAAAUGGAGAAAUAGCUUUUAAGAAUUCUUUACUAGAUUCUCAGUCGGAAUAUUUAAAGAAGAUAAAUAACAUAUUACACUGUUCUAUUUGCAUGGAACACAUGAUUGAACCAUAUGGUCUAUCAUGUGGUCACGUAGGCUGCUACGAAUGUCUUCACGCAUGGUUUACGAGGUCAAUAGAAGAUGACAAUCACCGGAAAGCAAAAGUCUGUCCAAGCUGUCGCGCACCAAUACGCGCAAGGCCAAACGAAUUAUACAUAAUAAAAGAACUCGUUCAGAUAGCUGCAUUAGCUAACAACGAGUCAAUUAGUCAACCACCUCAGAGAACUGGCGAUGUAUGGGAAGGUGUUUUCAGAUCAGGAGGUGAAUAUGGUCCAAUUGAAGACAGAGAGGAUGGCGUUCUCAGAUGUGGACGCUGUUCUGGUGAGCUACUUCAUGGUAUUUGUACAAUGUGUGGUGAAAUCUACACAGAUGCAGAGGACGAGGAUGAGGAAGAAGAGGAGGAAGAAGAUGAGGACGAAGAGGUAUAUGCCGAUCCCGCCGAUGAGCUUGAACGCGUUAGCAGAUUAAACUUACCUUUUUCGAUAAUAGGUGUAUCGGAUUCUGAACACUCAAGCCAGCGCACCGAAAGCGAAGAGCAUGAUUCUGAUUCUGAUGGAAAUGAACAUCCACGCAACUCGCAAAACCACAAUGAUGAGAAUAUAUGGCGCGGUAUACGAGAAAAUGAAGAAAGUGAAAGCGAAAGUGAUGACUUCAUAUCUGACGGUGGUUCAGUAGAAAGUAGGAAUAGAUCUGGCUCACGUGGUUUGGGAGCUCCGGUCGAGUACAUUCAUUCUGAUGAUGAAGAGGAAGAAGAGGAGGAGGAGGCGUCUAGUACCAGUUCGAGCAGCAGUUCUAGUAGGCAAUCUGAAAGUGAGUCUGAAAGUGAGGCUUCGAGCUCAUCAAGAGAGGUAAACCCGACUCGCAGACAUAAUGCUGGGGUGAUUGAGCUCAGUGACGAUGACAAUAGUGGAGACGGUAUCCCCACUAGUAUCCCACCAAGAUCGAGAAGAAGAGCUAUCAUAUCAGAUGACGAUGAUGAUGAGUGAUUUUAGCAUUGACACUAUUUAUAUUCCCAUUUCCUUUGUACUCAAGGUUCUAUGACGCAAGAGUAAUCCGUAAAGAUACAUGCAAAUAGACUAUAUUGUGUUAUUCUUG